GUAGGCCUCAGACACGGUCCCGUUUGGACCCUUUGUGGCCCGUGACUGACUGACUCUGUCUUUGUCUCUCUUUCAGACCCGUAACCAUGGGCCGCCGCCCCGCGCGUUGCUAUCGAUACUGCAAGAACAAGCCUUACCCCAAAUCUCGCUUCUGCAGAGGUGUUCCUGAUCCCAAGAUCAGGAUAUUUGACCUGGGAAGGAAGAAGGCUAAGGUUGAUGAGUUCCCACUCUGUGGGCACAUGGUGUCAGAUGAAUAUGAGCAGUUGUCAUCAGAAGCUCUAGAGGCCGCCCGCAUCUGCGCCAACAAGUACAUGGUGAAGAGUUGUGGCAAGGAUGGUUUUCACAUCCGUGUGCGCCUGCACCCCUUCCAUGUCAUCCGUAUCAACAAGAUGUUAUCAUGUGCUGGAGCUGAUAGGCUCCAGACUGGAAUGCGUGGAGCCUUUGGUAAACCUCAGGGCACUGUGGCCCGUGUGCACAUUGGCCAGGUCAUCAUGUCCAUUCGCACCAAAGUGCAGAACAAGGAACAUGUAAUUGAAGCGCUUCGCAGGGCCAAGUUCAAAUUUCCUGGUCGUCAGAAGAUCCACAUUUCCAAGAAAUGGGGCUUCACCAAAUUCAAUGCUGAUGAGUUUGAGGAAAUGGUGGCUGAGAAGCGCCUGAUCCCUGAUGGCUGUGGAGUUAAAUACAUCCCCAGCCGGGGACCUUUGGACAAGUGGCGUGCCCUGCACGCAGCAUGAGUGCCUGAUCUAUCCAUACGUUGCUCCACUCAGUUCUUUUCUUAAAGGAAGAUUCAUGCAAAUAAACAGUUCUAUCUA